AUGGCGAGCGCCAAUGGCACCACCGUCCAGAAGCGAAUCUUUCCUUUUCUGCGCAACCAGAGCCCCGGGGACAAGACCAUGAAGGCCCUGCUGGGCGGCAAGGGCGCCAACCUGUGCGAGAUGGCGCGCCUGGGCGUGAACAUCCCGGCCGGCUUCACCAUCACCACGGAGGUCUGCCAGGAGUUCUACCGCGUCGAAUUCCACUGGCCAGUGUGCUGA